AUGGAUGGUUUAACUCCAUGUACAGAAACUCGAGCGAACUGCCAUAAGAUUACACAAUUGGAAGAGAAAGUGAUUGUUGAAUAUAUACUUGAUAUGGAUCGAAGAGGAUUUCCACCUAAAAUCAAGGGUGUAGAAGAUAUGGCGAAUUAUAUUCUUGAAUCAAGAACAGUACAACUAGGCAAUCGAGAAUGGGCUAUAGCAAUUAUAUGUGGUAAUGGGGAGGGUGAAACUAUACCUCCAUUUCUGGUAGUUCAAGGACAAAUCCAUCUUUCCAAUUGGUACACCGAAACCGAUUUUCCUGCGGAUUGGGCUAUCAAACCUACUUCCAAUGGAUAG